ACACUUUACAACUCAAAGACUGAACGUGAUGCAACAGAGAGUACCACAUUGUCGUUCUUGGCUCAGGGUAUCUGGAUUGAACGAUAUGACCCGACUAUCGAAGACUCAUAUCGCAAGCAAUGUGAUGUCGAUGGUCGACAAGUGAUUCUCGAAAUCCUCGACACGGCUGGAACAGAACAAUUCAGGNAACUCUACAUGAAAUCCGGCCAAGGCUUCCUCCUCGUCUUCAGCAUAACCUCCUCGUCCUCGCUAAAAGAACUCUCCGAACUCCGCGACCAACUCGUAAACCUCAAAGACGACCCUCACGUCCCCAUCGUGCUCGUCGGCAACAAGUCGGAUCUAGAAGAAGAUCGCGCAGUAUCUCGCGCAGCUGCCUUUGCGGUCUCUUCUGGUUGGGGCAACGUGCCUUAUUACGAGGCCUCGGCGAGGACGCGGCAGAAUGUCACAGAGGUUUUUGUGGAC